UAGAGAAAGAAUGGAAACAUAAUAGGGUUUGGGAAAAAAAAAAAGGUUAUGGAAUGAAUGGAGGAUAAUGACCAAGUCCUAGUCUUCCCUCUAAUUCCAUGCAUACGAAACAAGCAAGAAAAACAAAUACUUAUAUUUAAGUAACGACUUUGAAAUUUGAUACACAUCUCCUGAGUGACACUACUGACCCAACAAAUCUUGGCCACAAUUAUGCUCAUUCAGGUGGAAUGCACUUUCAUGCUUGCUAAUUAUCUUCCAUGGCCAAAACCAAAAUCAUAACAAACCUGGAAUAUCCAAAACCCAAAACUAAAAGCUCUCUUUGUCUAUGUUUCUUUGGAAGUAGUGCUUCAACAUCAGUAGGGUCAACCAACAACAUAGGAUCUCAUGAACAACGUAGCCAUAAACAAAAGAGUUGGUUCCCAUGGCAGAGGAUUGGCAAAACGGUGCCUCUACUUGAAGGCUUAGAGUUUGAUGAGAAGAACAAGAAGAAGAAGAAAAAGCACCCCAAACUCAAAGUUUCUUAUAACAAAGUUCAAUAUUCAUCAUCAAAGUGGAGGUCAAAGUCAAACCUACACAACAAGACUCAACAAGCACACCCUACUCCAACCCCAACCCAGAAGCAACCGCUGAUUCCUCACAUAGCACCCAAUCAACCACCCUCAAAUUCACAGUUUCAGACAUCUCAACCAAACAGAGAAAAGAAAGCCUUAGAGAGCGACACUUGUCAGCAAAGUGGCUCAUCUCCCACAAUAGCAGCCGCCACUGCCACGUCACAUUCAGAUCUAGGCCCAGCUUCAAAACGGCACGUGCAGCGCAUGGGGACUCAAACGACACCUAAACAACACGGGAAGCAUCAAAACGCAAACAGACACUAUAGUCCUGUGGUUGGCGCUUGGGCGGUUAUUGUGACACUGGUAAUAUUGUUAUUGUGGGGUCGUUUAUGUGCCAUAGUUUGCACCUCUACGUGGUUGUAUUUUGUACACCGUUUUAGAUUGGUGCAGGAAAACGACGUCGUCGUAGAGAGUUCAAAGGAGCUGGAUUUCGAUUCAAAUUUGUACAAAAAGAAAGUGGUUUUGGAAGGUCUUCUUGAGAGAAAUCACUCUGGUGUGCUGUAAUAGUUAAUAGUCAUAGACUCAUUGUCACUGGAUUUGGAUGUGGGGGCAUUGCUGUCGUUGUUUCAUGGCGUUGGUGUAAAAAAAAAAUAAGAAUAUGCUGAAUUCUAUUUAUUAAUUUGAAUGUUUUAUGUAUAUAUAUUUUUACAGAAUUGUUAAGGGUUGUUGAAGGUAUUGCACUAAGAAAGACUCCUGCCGUUGCUAUGCUAAAGGUAAGAUUUUCUUUGAAAGCCGCUCAAGCAAUUUCUUUAAAAAAAGAAGAGCAAGCAAGACAAGAUAAGGCUCGAAAGCUGCGAAGAAAGUAGAGCAGCUCUAAUCGAGCUGUGAAAUUGGUGUGGUGAGGUAUUGGAAGUGUUCAGCGAAUAUAGAUAAAGACACUAAAAAAGAGCACCGUGCUAUACUGCUCCAUAAGGUAUCCCAAAAUCACUAAGACCACCGCCCUACUUAAGAGCUAGACGGUAAGAACUUUUCCAGGCAAAAGGAUUGAUCGAGAAAGAUUUCUUGUUCUUAUUAAAAGAUCGUGAUUGGAUCCACAUAUGUUUGGUAAAAAGAAAAAUCUUCUCCUUUGAGAAUAAUCAAAAAAAGGAAUCAAUUGGAACA